AUGAUCAGGCCGAUUUAUAGAAGUGCUCUUACACAAUCUAGGAUCAUUUCCCGCUCAUUCUCUGCUUCGAUCAUACGGCAGUCUUCGUCAACAUCGACUGGUCAUUUACCGGGCUAUCCAUCCUCUCCAUUCGUAUCAACAUUGCAAAAGGCUGUGUUUGAUUCAGUCAACGCAAAUGUCGUCUCUGAUCCAAACGCAGAAGAUCAACAAACCAAAAAAGGAAUACCGACAUUUCGUGUUUUAGAUGGAAAAGGAAGUCUAUUACCUGGAGUUGAUGAAUCUUCUUUGGGAUUAUCAAAAGAAGAAGCUAGAAAGAUUAUGGAAAAUAUGCUCCUAUUGCCUGCGCUAGACGUAAUUCUAUACAACGCACAAAGACAAGGUCGAAUCAGCUUUAUGAUGACAAGUCAUGGUGAAGAAGCAGCAGUGAUCGGAAGUGCAUCUGCUUUGGAUAAUAAAGAUGAAGUUUUUGCACAAUAUCGUGAAAUGGGUGUUUUACUAUACAGAGGUUUCUCGUUGGACAAAGUUAUGAAUCAAGUUUUCGGUACUUCAGAUGAUUUAGGUCAAGCAAGACAAAUGCCAAUUCAUUUUGGUUCAACUGAUCAUCAUUUUCAUACAAUCAGUUCUCCGCUUGCAACUCAAAUUCCUCAAGCUGCAGGAGCUGCUUAUGCUCUAAAACGAAUGAAAGAUCGUAAAGAGAAUGUUGUUGUUUGUUAUUUCGGUGAAGGUGCAGCAAGUGAAGGUGAUGCACAUGCGGGAAUGAAUAUGGCCGCAACAUUAAAAUGCCCUGUAAUCUUUGUCGUUCGAAAUAAUGGUUUUGCAAUUUCAACACCUUCAACUGAACAAUAUGCCGGUGAUGGUAUCGCUUCUCGUGGACCAGGUUAUGGUAUUUCAACCAUACGCGUUGACGGAAAUGAUGUCUUGGCCGUUCGAGCAGCUAUGAAGCAUGCAAAACAACAUGCAAUCCAACAUUCCGCUCCUUUCUUGAUAGAAUGUAUGACUUAUCGUGUCGGACAUCAUUCCACCUCCGAUGAUUCUUCUGCAUAUCGUAAUCGAAAAGAUGUAGAAGAUUGGAAACGAUUGGAUAAUCCUUUGGCCAGAUUUGGCGCUUUUUUGCAAGAGCGUGGUUGGUGGACAGAAGAAGAAGGUGAAACGUUGCGAAAACAAUAUCGAAAAGAUAUCGUGAAACAAUUGGACAUUGCCGAACAUAAACCAAGGCCAAGCAUUUCUUCCAUCUUUGAAGACACAUACAAAGAAGUACCGCCACAUUUGCAAGAACAACGUGCAGAAUUGGCCAGACUUAUCAACAUGUACGGUCAAACUGAUGCAUGGAAGAAAGAAUUACCAAAGUAUCGCGAUCAAGGUAAAGAUAUGGAACAAUACUUAGAGAAAAAGUGA